GCCAAAACCAAAUAGCUGUCGUUGUGGGUUGUUAAGAUUUAUUUACAUUUAAUUAAUAGUUUGUAGACAAUGUCUCUUAUUUAUAUGUUUUACAAACAAAGCACAUUGUUUAGUUUUUAAUGUUUUAGUUACUUUCAAAGAACCAAUAACCAUGUCAGCCAGUUCAGGAAAAUCUAAUGUGGAAGAUGCGGGUGUUUACGAUCUUCUUACCGAGUUGUGUACCAAGACAGCCGCUAAAUAUUGUAAUCAAAAUAGGAUAUCACAAAAGCGGCUUAUGACAAAAAUGAGAUCUAAUGCGUAUGAAAUGAUAUUGAAAAAGUCAUGUAAAGACUUUUCCUCAGCAAGAGGAGAACCUCUUGUUGAUUUGUUGUCAUAUUAUUUGGUGUACCAACAAAAUGCGAAGAACGUUGCGGAGUAUAAACGAACUAUUGAGUUGAAAAAAAUAAUCAGUAACAUUCGCCAAACUGAUUUUGGUGAUAACAAAGAAGUUAUUCAUAAUGUACUGAGGUUGCUAAUAGGCCUUAGCAACACUGUUAACGAAGAUUUGUCAAAUGAAAUGUUUCAGAACCCCUUUACAUUUGGCCUUCUUGAUGAGAUGCUCCCCAAGCCCAAGAGGGAGGCGUUUGGUUCUCCACAACCGUAUUCUUACUACCCCUCACAUGUGUUUGAGCUGCCGUUCUCACUGCAGAGGCAGGGAGCCACGUUGAACAGCCAGAGAUCACAAACAUACACUGAAUAUACUGUGGAGAGCUUUGACUCAAGAUCAUUUAUUGCCGACACAACAAACUCUCAAAGCCCUGGUCAGGUGGAGUUGAAAACAUUUCUGAGCCCCAUGUCAUUAGCUUCCCUGACAUCCACUCACCUUUCACCUUUCUGUGAGAGUACUAUGUUGAGCUACCCAAGGUUGACAGCCCCUAGAGACUUGCAAAUACCUGGGUCAGGGUCCAGUGAUGCCAAUGUUAAAAUAUCAUUGGCCAGUACUAGUAUAAAGACUGAUGUCAAGGAAGUGUUCAGAGCUAAGCCUAGAAAUAACUCUGUGGACAUUUGGGAGUUGGCUACACAAGUUGAUAAGGAUGUUCCUAACGAAAUAUGGGAAAUUGUUGCAAAACUCCCCCCAAUAAAUGAAAGGCAGUUAAUAGCUUCUUCAUCAAGAGAGCUUGGAUUGUGGCGACAGAAGUAUGGCAACAUGACAGAUCUUACCGUCAUAUCAGAAAAGCAGUUUAUAAGACAUAUCAUGUAUUUAAUAAUUGGCAUAGAAACAAGUUCAUUUCCUUUCAAUAAAGAAACAAACAGUUUUUAUAUGAAAGAAGGGUUGCUACUUGAGUGUAUAUCAAAGGAACAUAUCAGAGGCUAUGUAACUGAUUUGUUGCUGGUCGGAACAUAUUAUAGAAGAUUGUACAAGUUUGCCUUUAAUGAAACUUUGGAAGAUCAUUUUCAUGCUAAUGGAUUGGUUUUUGAGGCAGCAAGAGACGUAAUAAGACGAUAUCUAUUAGAGUUUCGGCUAACCGCUACAGAGAUUUACGAGGAAUCUUGUAACAAUCGUGAGGAGGAUUUGAAUAGCAUUCCGACACUGUUGCAAAUACUGAACCACAUGGAACCACUCAAAUAUGAAAUCGAGACUAUUGCUUGCAUUUACAAAGUUAUUGAUACAGAUUCGAAAGUAACGAUCCCGCACGGAGCCGAGUUGAUGUCGUAUUUAUUUAAUGAAAUAUCACUAAUUACUCAUAAGGAAACAACAUUUACAAUGUUUAACUCACUCUACUCCAUCUGCAGAGUUUACUUCAAAUUCAUCGAAAGAUUUAUAUUUGAAGGGGAGUUAGACGACAGAUUCAAUGAGUUCUUUAUACGUAAAGAUAAUCAGUAUGUAAACAAUCGUUCCAAAAGAUAUUGGGACAAAGGUUUUCAUAUAACGCAAAGUGUGGCCGUACCAGAGUUCUUGAAACCGCUGGCUAAGUUCAUACUGCUCUGUGGCAAAUCGUUGAGGUUGUUGAAAUUAUGCAAUCCGAGCGACCCCCUAGUUCUCCUAAUCUCCUCGGACCACCCAUCAGUGCACUGCUGCGCCAGUUUCCAAGAGUUAGAGAAUCAGCAGCAAGUGCUAGACGUCUACAGGACUAGAUGUCUGUUUGUUAGCGGCGAACUCGUCACCUUCGAUCAGAUACUGCUGAAGAGAGAAGCUGAGAGGAAAGCCUUCACUGAAAUGGCGUCCUUGAAGCAAGCUGAGACUAUGGAGAAGAUUGUUGCCGAACGCAAAAGGUUAGCCCAGCUAAUAAUAGCUGAGAAACAGCAUUCACUAAGAGUGUUAGAAGCCGCCAUGGCCGAGGCUAAGGCAGCUAAAACGAAAGCUAAACAACGCGAGAGGAUGCGACAUGAACUCGAACAUGCCGCUGAAAAGGCUACUGAAGAAGUUGAUUCAAGGCUCAGGGAUGAUGAGAAGAACAAAAUAAUGGCGUACUAUACAAAAUUAAACAUGGAAGUAGAAAAGAGUAAAAUACACACCGAAUGGAAAAUAAAACGUUUGCAAUUAGAUCAGAGUAGAAUGCAGUUACUGUCAACUGAGGAGAGAAAUUUAAAGAGAGAAAAGCUAGAAUUGGAACACCAGAAAAACGAAGAAGUCAUGGCGAUGUCGAUACAAAGCGAUAUGUUGAGAUCCGAUGAUGAACUUGACACUAAAGAUGAGAGUGAAGAAGGAAAUGUAGAAGAUGUGGAGACUCCUGAAAACAAAGCGGUAGAAUCAGAUACUACCAUUUCUACCGAUAAACUAGAGGAAGCAACAGACCAUUCAGAGUACGAUAAUAAUAAGAUUAAAGCACAAAGUCACAGUGCAGUCUUCAGCGCAAUAUGUAACGCCGCCAAAAGCUUUUUCGGUGUCUCCAAAAGCAUCGAAGUUGAAAAUUGCGAUAAUAAGAACGCACUAGACGCUCAAGGCAAUAUCGUUCAACGAGACACUGAAAAUAAUUCGAAUCACACUCAAUCUUCUUCAGAAAUAGGCAGAAAAUUAGAUGAUGGUUACGAUAAUUUACAAUAUCAGAAGUCCAGACUUGAAGCUAUGUUGAACAAACAAAAAAUCAUGGCCCACGAAUUUGGCCAAACAGAUAAAGAAAAUAAUCAAGUGAAAGAUCCUCCUUUGAUAGAAAUAGCGUCGAUUGACGAAGAAAAUAAUUUACAAGAUUGGUCUCCAUUCGCGGAAGCUAAACGUAAUAAGCUGAAGGUUUUGGGCGCUGAGUUUGAUAUUAUCAAACCGUUAGCAAAGCCUGUUGUUUGUGAGCCAAUAACAGAUGCGCAAAAAGAGGCAGUUUUGAACAAACAGAAAGUUCUAGGAGUAGAAUAUAACCUUCCUGCUGAAGCUGUAAUUAGGAAUGACCCUGCGAAUGUGGCGCAAGAAGAGGCGUUGAGGAACAAAGCAAGGAUUCUGAGUUCUGAUACUGAUUUAAUGUCUGACGGCUCACGGGGUCAGAAAAGGGACAACGCGAAAAGGUGUGGGUUGACGUUGAAUUUGAAGCCGUAUGGAGAGCCUUCGUCGACUUCAUUUAGGCUUGGAGUUACACCUAACGCUGGGUCGGUUACACCGGGUGAUUAUUUUCCGAGGCUUGAUCUGGAAACUCCUACAACAGCUGAUAUACCUCUCGAUAGCGCGAUGACUUCCGAAAUAUUUUCUCCUAGAAGUGAAGCCACAAGUAAGGACCUGGAAAAACUCAAAGACAAAGAAUUCCUGAGUGCAGAUGGCUUUAAUUUCCCCAUAAUAGUCGACGAUGAAAAUGUCGAAUCAGAAAUCACUAGCGAAGCUCCGACUGGUGACACCCCGGACAAUUCACCAUCGAAAGGGUUGCCACUAAGGACUUUGAAAUCGAAAUAUUCAUACUUCAACGUGCUAGAUGGGUCUUAUAGUUUACAGGAGUUUGAUCCGUUUGGUAUUAAAGAGUUGACAACUUUUUCUAAAGACCACUUUAAUAGUAAAAUGAAUUUAGAAAUGAAGACCUCUUGUUAUACACAUCCUUCCGUUAUUAUGGAGGAAGUGAAGAAGCGGCCGUACAAUAAUAUUUUCGUGUCACAUUUUCAUUCUUCUGAGGAGGAACAGAAAAAGAUUACUUGCGACAAUAUUGCUACAUUGACGGCUUGUCUUCAAAGAUCUGUGAUGCUACCACUAACAUAUCAACUAGAGGUAGUCAACAACUCUAUUUUAACGUAUUUCUUGGUGAACCAAGAUAUGUACGAACAUUUGAGGAGUUUGAAGGAUUACUUCUUUCUGAUGGACGGGGAAUUUUCUCGCAGUAUUUGUCACAAUUUGUUCACUAAAUUGGUGCAGACGAUAAAUCCUCAGGAGUUGUUGAAUUUUGCUACGUUGCACAAUAUCUUGGAUAAAGCGCUUGGUUCUUCGAUAUCACAUGUACACAAGUUUUCAGAAAACCUAUCGUUUACGAUUACGGAAUCGCCUCUAAGUUUUCAGCACAGUUCACCCGAUGUGUUACAAUGUUUGUCACUAACCUAUACCGUUAGUUGGCCCCUGAAUAUAAUAUUGUCGCAAGAGGCGUUGCUAAGAUAUGCUAAAGUCUUCCAGUUUCUUGUCAAAAUGAGGCGAAUAUUUUGGGUUCUUGGCGAAGAUUUUGAAUCUUUAAAACUAUCAGCAAAACUAUCAAGGCAGCAUUCCCGCAAGCUGCUUCGUUCGCCGCAAUACAUAUCAGUGCAAAUAUAUCGACACAUUAUGGCUUCAAUGAUCCGAGCUCUCGAUAACUACAUAGUGACUACUUGCAUACUUACUUCGUGGACCGAGUUCGAGAACGAUCUGAAGAAAGCACGAACUCUAGAUGAUUUGUAUGAGUGUCAUGUGGUAUAUAUUAAGAAAGUGCUGUUUAGAUGCUUACUCAAUAAUAGGUCGACGCCGGUGAUGAAGCUUUUGAACGAUAUCUUCACUGUGAUUUUGAAGUUUAGCCGGGUUUUGAAAGCUGGGGAAUGGCAGCAAAAAGAACCCGAUGGAUCGUUCACACACUCAAGCUUCCCCCAGUUAGAAGAACUAUUCCACUUGUUCGAGAAACUCGCCAAAUACUUGCAUAAAGUUGUGACAAAAUUAAUGGAAUGUGGCUACCAAAGACAUUUAGUUGAACUCCUUACUAUGGUGAAUUUGAACGGGUAUUACGAUCCUGACAAGUCUAAAGAAGGCCAUAAUAAUACGACCAUACAAAGUUUACAGGCAACACCGUGAGAAAUAAUUUGCACGCAAGUGUAAUGAGUGUCUCAAUCCCAGUGUACAGUCAACAAAGUGAGAAAUAAUUUGCACGCAAGUGUAACGACUGUCAAUCACGUCAGUGUGACUAUCAAAAGUAUCAAGACGUCAUAUACAGUGCGCAGUUUGAAUCUAUUAAUUGAUGAAUUGCGCGCGUUUUUGGUGACGUCAUAUGUCAUGCCCAUUAACACUUUAGUGAGAUUUUCAUAAUGUUAUGUAAUAUUGUGUAAUGUUGAUAUUUAUUGAGUUAAUGGUUGUAAUGCGGUACGAAAGUAGGGCUAAAUAAUUGUUUUUUUGGCAAUUUUAUGUACCAUUAUUAUGUCCUUAUUAGAUUUUAGGCCGCGUUUUACUGGAUCCUGUGCGAAGCGUAUAUAUUUUGUGACUUACUUUUUCAGUAGAUUAUCGUGUUUAGCCUAUAUUGAUAUAUUUAAACCUCUCUAUUAUUAAAACGCUAAAAUAAUACUCAUAACGUAGACUAGUUUAAUAAUAUAAAGUUCUCAACACUUCCAAUCGUUGUCAUUUUUAGAACGAUUCAGCAAGGAGUUUUUAUUCGAAUGUUGUUAUUUUAUUGUUCGCGUUAGAAUAUCUUAAUUUUUAAUGCUUUUUGCACUAAGUAGGUAAGUUUUUUAUACCUCGAAAUAUUGGUUGAUCUGAAGUUUUAGGCACAAUAUGAUGCUUUAUUAAAAAAAGCAUCUUUUGUUAUAACGGUUUCUAAAUAAUCGGGCCAAGUCCAUGACAUUUUAUUGUAAUAUUAAUUUGAAACACGUAGGCCAACAUAAAAGUUAUUUUAACCGGUAUGUUUUUUUGUUGACUAGUUUAAAAACACGUUGUAAUGUCGUCAACAAUCUUAGAAUUUGUAAAGAAAUUAAAAUAAUUAAUUAAGGCUUUAGUGUCUAAUAAAAAAAUAUACUUUAUUAUUUUAGUAAUCAGUAAAAUAAUGUUUUGAAACUUCCAAUAAUUAGUUAUGUCUCCCACCUUAUAAUCAUGUGAUAUAUUCCUAAUUAUUAAUUAUUUGGUAAUACUAAUGUGUGGUAUGUUAUCCUUCGUUUAAGUUUACACCGUCGAUGUUUCUAGAAUGAAUGUUGAGUAGGUACCUAACUGUUGUUAAUUAUGGGUUAUGUAAAUAAAUGUGUUAAUUCUAAUUAAUCUUGAUUAUGAAGAGAAUGAUCGGCUUAUGUUAUAUUUGAAUAAAGUAUAAUUAUUUUUUUA